AUGCUGAUGCAGCCACCACGCCGGAAAACGUCACUGUUCUUUACAGGAAAAUUCACAAUGAAGCACGCCGGCGGUGGCCGCAAAAACAAUAACCUCUCGGUCUUCGUUGUGGUCUUCUCUAUCUUCCUCUUUGGAUGCUUCAUGUACAAUGAAGACGUGAAGUCCAUCGCGGAGUUUCCAUUUUCGAGUCCCAACAUUCAAGAAACCCAAAAAGAAUCAUCCAAAAUACACAACCUAGUUCAAGAAACUAACAAGAAAGCCGAGAAAGACACAGUUCCAGUGUUGAUGCGUUCAAGAACUAUAGUGGAGACAGAAGUAGAGAAUUCUCAUAAUAAACAAGAAGCAGUGGGUUUGAAAACAGAAGUAGAGGAUUCUGAAGAACAACAAGAAGUUGUUAGAUUGAAGAUAGAUGUAGAGGAUUCUGAACAAAAACAAGAAGGUGUGAAUUUGAAAUCCACGGAAACGAAAGAAGAAGAAGAGGAAGAAUUAGAUGAUAGGAAAAUUAAAUUACCAGGUGAAGAAGAAGAAGAUGAUGAAGAGAUUGAAUUUCCUCCUGAAGAUUGUGAUCUCUAUACAGGACAAUGGGUUUUUGAUAAUAUCACUCAUCCAUUGUACAAGGAAGAAGAAUGUGAGUUUCUCACAGAACAAGUGACUUGCAUGAGGAAUGGAAGAAAGGAUUCACUUUACCAGAACUGGAGGUGGCAACCCAGAGAUUGUUCAAUGCCCAAGUUCAAACCAAAAUUGUUGUUUGAGAAGCUGAGGAACAAGAGGCUUAUGUUUGUUGGGGACUCGUUGAAUCGGAACCAGUGGGAGUCUAUGGUUUGUUUUGUUCAAUCCGUCGUUCCCCCGGGCAAGAAGAGCUUGAACAAGACUGGUUCUCGAAAUAUUUUCAGAAUUGAGGAUUAUAAUGCCACAGUGGAGUUUUACUGGGCCCCAUUUUUGGUGGAGUCCAAUUCCGACGAUCCUAAAAUGCACAGCAUAUUGAACCGUAUCAUCAUGCCCAAAUCAAUCAAAAAACAUGGCAUUAACUGGAAGAAUGUGGACUACCUCAUCUUCAACACAUAUAUAUGGUGGAUGAACACUUUCACCAUGAAAGUUUUACGAGGAUCGUUUGAUCAUGGUGACACAGAGUACGAUGAGGUCGAUAGGCCGGUUGCAUAUGGGAGAGUAUUGAGGACAUGGGCCAAGUGGGUGGACAAAAAUGUGGAUCCCAAUCGUACCACAGUCUUCUUCGUGAGCAUGUCUCCUCUUCAUAUCAAGAGCUUGGACUGGGAAAACCCUGAUGGCAUCAAAUGUGCAAAAGAGACUACCCCAAUUCUUAACAUGUCCAUGCCAUUAAACGUGGGCACAGACCGUCGACUCAAUGCAGCCAAUUUGAUUAAAUCAAUGAAGGUGCCCGUCCACUUCAUCAACAUAACCACCCUCUCUGAGUACCGGAAAGAUGCACAUACCUCGGUCUACACCAUCCGACAGGGCAAGCUGCUCACCGAUGAGCAGAAGGCUGACCCGGUCAAUUUUGCUGAUUGUAUACAUUGGUGUCUUCCAGGCUUACCCGAUAUGUGGAACGAAUUCCUCUACACUCGUAUAAUUUCUCGCUCUUGACACAAAAACUCCAUGGCAGUCCCAUCAAUUUUUUUUCUUGCC